AUGGCAAGCACCGAAUCUCUCUUGCCUCUCACUUCCCAACAACAAGAUCCAUUAUUCGACUCAUCAAGAUCCGACCCAAACCCGGAAACCCACCGGAGAAGACCCAUCAAAGUUCAUCUCGCGGUCUACUCCGGUUUUCUUUUGAUCGCUUUGUACGUUACUCUCAUCGUCACACACGACGGAUCAAGAGCCAAAAAUGGUGAAACCACGACGGAGUCACGUGCUCGUCUUGCCGGUGUGUCGGAAAAGAGAGUUUCCGAUGAUCAGAAAAGUGAAGCGUUCCCGUGGAACAAUACUUUAUUGUCAUGGCAACGAACGGCGUUUCAUUUCCAGCCUGAGAACAAUUGGAUGAACGAUCCUAAUGGUCCAUUGUUCUAUAAGGGAUGGUACCAUUUCUUCUAUCAAUACAACCCAAAUGCAGCCGUGUGGGGUGACAUUGUUUGGGGUCACGCCGUGUCAAAGGAUCUUAUCCACUGGCUUUACCUCCCAUUUGCCAUGGUUCCUGACCAGUGGUAUGAUGCUAACGGAGUCUGGACCGGUUCAGCCACAUUUCUUGAUGAUGGCUCCAUUGUCAUGCUCUACACCGGUUCCACAGACAAAUUCGUACAGGUUCAAAACCUUGCCUAUCCUGAGGACCUUAGCGACCCACUUUUGUUGAAAUGGGCCAAGUACUCCGGCAACCCGGUUCUCGUACCGCCUCCGGGUAUCGGUGCAAAGGACUUCCGUGACCCAACAACAGCAUGGAAGACAUCAGCUGGAAAAUGGCGGAUCACCAUCGGUUCCAAGGUCAAUAAAACCGGAAUAUCUCUAGUUUACGAUACUACCGAUUUCAAAACCUACGAGAAACACGAGACCUUGUUACACCAAGUCCCCAACACUGGAAUGUGGGAGUGUGUCGACUUUUAUCCGGUAUCGAAGACUAAAACUAACGGGCUCGACACUUCGGUCAAUGGACCAGAUGUAAAACAUAUAAUCAAGGCUAGCAUGGACGAUACUAGGAUCGAUCAUUAUGCUAUUGGAACGUAUGACGAUUCUAACGCAACAUGGGUCCCAGAUAAUCUUGCUAUUGAUGUUGGAGUCAGUACCGGUCUGAGAUAUGAUUACGGUAAAUUUUAUGCGUCAAAGACGUUUUACGAUCAGCAUAAGAAACGGAGAAUCUUAUGGGGUUGGAUCGGUGAAUCUGACAGUGAAGCAGCUGAUGUACAAAAGGGCUGGUCUUCUGUUCAGUGCAUCCCAAGAACUAUUGUCAUGGACACAAAGACAGGGAAGAACUUAGUCCUAUGGCCAAUUAAGGAAAUUGAAUCUCUGAGAUUAAGUAGCAAGAAAUUCCAAAUGAAGGUUGGACCAGGGACUAUGGUUCCUGUUGAUGUUGGUCCCGCAGCUCAGCUAGACAUAGAAGCUGAGUUCACGAUCAAGAAGGACGAUCUCCAAAUAAUCCUUGGAGAUGACUCCAUGGACGCCGAUAAGGAAUUCAGCUGCGAAAAUAGUGGUGGCUCGACCGUGCGUGGUGCUUUAGGCCCAUUCGGAUUCUCGGUUCUCGCUGACCAAAGCUUGUCGGAACAAACUCCGGUUUAUUUCUAUGUGACUAAAGGGAAAGAUUCAAAACUCAAAACUUUCUUCUGCACUGAUACUUCAAGGUCGACAAAGGCAAACGAUGUUGUGAAACCGAUAUACGGAAGCUUCGUACCGGUCCUAAAAGGAGAGAAAUUGACCAUGAGAAUCAUUGUGGAUCAUUCGAUAGUAGAAGCAUUCGGACAAGGUGGAAGAACAUGUAUUACUUCAAGAGUAUAUCCGACAAAAGCCAUUUAUGGAGCUACAAAGCUCUUCUUGUUCAAUAACGCCAUUGAUGCGACUGUUACGGCUUCGUUUAAGGUCUGGCAGAUGAACAGUGCUUUUAUUCAUGCUUUCUCUGCGGAUGAUCUUGGUGUGCCUUCUCGCACCUGA